AUGAUAGCAAAAGGGAGUGGAAAGGGCACGAUAUCGGGGAAGAUCUUGCGAGACUUCCACUUCGCCCACAUUAGCACGGGGGACCUGCUUCGCGAUGAGAUCCAAGCCGGCUCGGAGACGGGUAGGACGGCCAAGGAGUUCAUGGACCAGGGGAAGUUCGUCCCUGAUCAGAUCAUUUUUGAGGUGCUCAUGGCUGCGGUCGAGCGAGCCAAAGGCCGCGGAAAGCACAUACUUCUCGAUGGGUUUCCAAGGUCCACAACUCAGGCGAAAGCUCUUAAGGAUCACCUGCCAGUGGACAUGGUGAUGAACCUGGACGUGCCCAGACAGGUUAUCAUCGAUCGCCUCACGGACCGUUGGAUACACCCUGGAUCUGGCAGGGUCUAUGCGUACGCCUACCGCCCCCCAAAGGAGCACGGGGUAGAUGACGUCACGGGGGAAAAGCUCGUCCGUAGAGACGACGACCAGCCAGAGGUGGUUGAAGAGCGCCUUGCCAAGUACGAGAGAACUACCCGGCCGCUUCUUGACCUCUACGGGGAGGAAGACCUCCUGCACUCCUUCUCAGGAGAACAAAGUGACGUGAUAUACGCCGAGGUCAGAAAGUUCCUCUCUCAAGUGCUGCCCAAGGGCAAGCCUGCAGCCGGUUAAGCGGAUCGAGUAGAGCCUUGUGUGCUCGCUAAAGAUCGCGUGGUGUGCGUGGUGGUUGAUGUUGACGCGAUAGGCGAGAUUAUUACAAAGUUGUACUUGUUGGAGACGUUUGGUGCGCUGCUUGAAUACGGUGCGUUUCGGACGUCCGUGUGUGGUCCUUCUGUGACAA